AUGAGCUCUUUUUUGGAUACGCCUGGUAGCCCUACUAACAAGAGGGAAAGAGCAAAUAGAGAUGCCCAAUUUAAAUUUUUGAGCCAACGAAUUACCAGAGUGGAAAAACAUCUGGCCAUAAUUAACCAGAGAUUCCAAGUGUUAGCCACCAAGACGGGCAGACUGAAAUUGCGAUCAGAACUUGUUGCAAAAGCUGUUAAUGACUAUGCUGAUGAAGAAUCCAUUUCUAUUAAGAACGGCUUACGAGGAUUUGUAGAUUGCUUUCUUGCCUUGCAAAGCCAUAUGCAAGCUCAUGCUGAUCACAUUGAAAAUAAAGUUAUAGAGCCAUUUUCUCGAUAUAGUCACACAUGCAGACAUAUGAAGGAGGAUUUGAAAAAUGGUUUCACAGCUCGCGAUAAACUCCUUGCUAAAGAAAAACAAUUGGAAAGAAUUAAAGGAAAAGAGCCAGCUAAUAAAAGCAAAAUUCUGGAAAGUGAUACUAGCAAAAUUAGAGACGAUGCUGAAAAGCAGACUAAAUCUCUCGAAGAAGAAAUGGAUAAUUUUGAGAAGGAGAAGAUUCGGGAUAUUAAGAUUGUCUUUGGCAACUAUAUACACGGUGCUAUGCAUUAUCAUGCGAAAGCGCUCGAAGUUCUUACGUUAGCAGAUCAAUACAUUGCCAAUAUUAAUGAGGAAGAAGAUUUGGAGGAAUUCCGAAAUAUGAUACAGGCCAACAGUCUCAGUCCAAGACUGGAUAUCACGAAGGCACACUCCACUACGUCGUUAAAUGCAACAGAGACUCAAGGUCGAAUUGAGGAUGACGACGAUGAGGAUGAUGAGGAUUAA